CAUACCUCCCAGCGACCAGGAUCUGCUCAUGCGCUGCUAGUGGUUUACCAGCAGAAUGCUUCGCACAACCUCUAGGUCAUUGGCGUCACUGUCCGUCACUAUACCGCGAAUCGCCCGUCGUUCCCACACUUCAUUGGGUUCAGGUAGUGACGAAGUCCAAGAGCGACAGUUGACGGCCGAAUCGAAGUCAGGCGGGCAGGGGCAGCUGCGUCGGCCAAGGUCACUCCAGGCGUUAUAUCUCAAGCCACUUAAGCGCGAGGCCGAGUUCGGAAUCCCAUCAUGCGACUUGCAGUUUCGAUCCUUCAGUCUUCAGCCUCUUGAGUUCUUUGUCGACUUUGCGCUGCGCGCUGCAUACUACCUUGGCCUCCCGGCAUACGGGCCAGUCCCUUUGCCUCGCAUUACCGAACGUUGGACAGUGCCCCGAAGCCACUUCAUUUUUAAAAAAUCACAAGAGAACUUUGAGCGUGUAACAUUGCGGCGACUGAUCCAGAUUAAGGAUGGCCACCCGGAGACUGUGCAGCUGUGGCUCGCCUACUUGCGAAAGCACCAAUAUUAUGGCGUGGGAAUGAAGGCAAAUAUAUGGGAAUUCACGCAGGCUGGGGUCGGUCGCUCAAUGGAGGUUCCUGAGGAUCAAUUGAAGGGACUUGACACGGCUUGGGCACAGCUCGGGCAGACCAAGUCGAUGGGUACUGCAGACAAGGUGGAGGAGCUGCUUAACAGCCGCCGAUUCAAAGAGGCGGCUGGCCUCAGGCAGCCUCUUACGCCGAGCAAAUGAGAAGGUCGGUAUUGAAGGGGCCAUCAAUGUACGAACAGCAUGCCACGGUCGUGGUGCGAAAUACUGCUGCCCGAACGAAAGGAAGGGCGGUUCGACCCCAUGACGAGGCCACAUCUGCAACAGAUACCCUGUAUUUUAGUAUUGAGGAUCAAGGCCAUGCAUCGAGGUCUGGCAAUCUUUUUUUUUUUUUUCCACAGCGACUGCCCUGAUGCUUGG